AUGAAUAUAAAAUCUUUAAGGAAAAAGAACAUACAAAAUAUGGAUCAAGAAGAAGUUUAUAAUAGAAUUAAAGAGAAUGUAGCACAUAUGGAUGAAAUUCAAAGGACAAUGGAAAAACAACAACAAACAUUUUUCCAAAUGUCAUUACAAAGUAAACAGAUUGCGGAAUCAAUGAAAAAAUAUUCAAUGGAUGCAGCAUACUUUAAUUCACGUAUACCAAUUACAGAUUGUUUAUCAAGAGCAUCGGAAUGGCAAAAUAGUAUAAGCGAAGUAUUCAAUCAUUUAGGUAACCUAUUAUACGAUCGUACAACCCAACCAUUGAAACAAACCAUAAGCAUUCAAUUGGAGAUGGUAAAAGAGGGUAAAAAGAAAUUAAAGAAUCUAUCAACUGACACGAGUAAAUCAUCUUCUGCAAACCUUAAAAAGGACACCGAAGCAUUUGAACGUACUCAAAAAGAAACACUUCAACUCUACAAUGACUCUGAAUUGGCUUUAGAAAACUCAACCGUACAAACUAUAUUAUCCUCUUUCGAAUCCUAUAAUGACUUUUUUCAAAGAGGUGUUUUUCAAAUGUCAAAAAUUAAAUCUGAUAUUGAUAAUUAUAAAAAAAUAAUUUUAGAAACUAAUAAAGUUGCAGCAAAAUUAAGAAAUUAUGUACCAAAGAAAACAUUUGGAAUUAAAUUAGAAGAAGUAUUUGCAAGAGAAAGUAAUAAACCAUUACCAUCAUUUUUAGAUGAAAUAUUUAGAUAUUUAGAGAAAGAAUCAAUAAAUACCGAAGGUAUGUUUAGGGUUUCAGCAGGUAAAUCAUCACUUGAAGCAUUACAACAAAAGAUUGAAAGUGGAGCACCAUUAGAAUUGAGUGCAUCUAUCAUUGAUCCACAUUGUGUUUCAUCAGUAUUAAAAUUAUUCCUUAGAUCUUUACCUGAACCAUUAGUGCUUUAUAAUGUUUAUUCAAAAUAUUUAACAGUUGCUAAAAAUAAUAAUAAUAAUAAUAAUAAUAAUAAUAAUAAUAUUAGUAAUAGUAGUAGUAAUUUAAAUAUUGUUGGUAGUAGUGGUAAUAAUAAUAGUGGUGGUGGUAGUGGUGGUACAAUUAUAACAGAAUUAAGAAGAUUAAUUUCAACAUUACCAGUUUGUAAUCAGGCAUUAUUAAAACAGAUUUUAUUAAUUUGCAGUUUAAUGAAUCAACAUCGUGAUGUAACUAAAAUGGAUUUAACCAAUCUUAGUGUUGUUAUUGGACCAUCGAUUUUGGAACCAAUACCAAAUUUAAAAGCAGAGGAUAUUCAAAGACCAGAGACUUUUGCUGAUUUCAAUAGUUUAUUUUGUUUAUUGGUUGAACAUGUUUUAACUAUUUUCCCUCAAGUAUCUCAAACUUCAAUGGAUAUGGCAAGUUUACCAACUACAAUUGGUAAGCUAAGAUCUCAAUCUGAUAUCUCAUCUCAAACUAAACCAUUACCAUCAUUACCAACUUCACCCCAAAAUCGUUCUGCAAUCAUCACUGGUGAUUCUUCUUCACCUUCUUUAAAUACUCCUCCUGUAAAAUCUUCUUUAAAUUCUUCAGAUUUCGUUAUAGUUGAUAAUGGUUCAAAUAAUAAUAAUAAUAAUAAUACUACUAAUACUAUAACUAAUAAUGGAAUUGCAGAUACUGCAACACCACCACCUCCAACUACACCAACUGCGCCAACUACACCACCACCCCCAACUACACCAACUUCAAAUAAUAUAGCAACUCCAAUAAUUAAUAUCAAUAUACCAAAUAGUAGUAAUAAUAAUAAUAACAACAACACAAAACGAAUAAAUAACAAAUCAAAUCUUAAAGUUGAUGAUUAUUUAACACCAAUUGAUAUGCAGAUCUAUUAUAUUAAUAUUUCAAGUAAUCUUGGUAGAAUUAAAUCAUAUGUUGAUGAUAUUGAAACUGUUAAUCAAGGUAUUGGUUUAAUUAAAUUAUUUAAAAAGAUUUCAGAUGAUCAUAUGGCACCAAUUAAAAAUAUACUAAAUUAUAAAUUUAAAACAGAAAAGCCACCAAUGUCAAAUGAUGAGGAUAAAGUAUUAAGAAUUAAGAGGACAUUGUUUUAUACAUACGAAAUUACAAUGGAAUUAAUUUCUCAUGCAAAUAAUACAUUUGAAUCAUCUUCUAUUGAAGAGCCAACAGAGUUAUCAAAGAAAUUGGAAGAAAGUUUCAAACAAUUGGACACAAUUUUAACAGAUGAAUUAUCAAAUAUUGAAAAACAACAACAACAACAACAACAGCAAACAAAUGAUGGUGGUGGUAGUGGUAUAAGUAGUAAUACAAAUACAAGUAUCAGUGGUGAUAAUAGUGAAAAUGGUGAUAGUUUAAAUAGUAGUACUAGUAAUCAAAGUCCUUUAAAUUCUUCAAUUUUAACUCAACUUUCAAAUCAAUAA